AUGUUCAACUGCGAUCGAUCACACGCUUUGAUAUACAGUCAGAAAUUUAAUACCAGAGAUCAAAUAUCAAAAUCAAAGUUAUGGAAUUUGGAGGAAAAGGUCAAAAUAACCUCAAAUUCUGUCAAAUUCAGUAUAACCUUUGACAACAUCUACGAAUAUGUCCUCAAAUACUGCGAUUUUUGUGAUGAGAGAAUAAAAUGCAGAGAUGACGACGUUUAUAAUUAUUACCCUGAAGUUGGUACCAUUACUUUAAGAGCUUUUGAACUUGAAAAGAUAAAAUAUUACAUUCCUUUGGAUUCGAAACUACUUGUUAAAGCUAAAGGUAUAAAUUGUCAAGAAUAA